AUGAACAGCACCGACAGCAUCGCACGUGAUGACCGCGACCAAGCUUGCAAUGAAUGCCGCCGACGGAAAGCGCGAUGUGACAAGACGCUCCCAGAAUGCGGGCCCUGCAAGAGAAACAGGAGACACUGUCUCUACGAACGACACAGUAGGACCCCAUUGACGCGCAAAUAUCUCACCCAAGUUGAAGAGCAACUUCGUCGAUCACAAACUCAACUCGCCCGCGCAGAACAACGCGUCCAAGCAGCCGAAGCGCGUGUGCGACAGCUCGAGACCGCCCAGGGCGACGACGCGCCAUCUCCCCACGAAGAUGCUGCCAACACAAGAGGCGCAGCCGACGAACCGCCCAUUGAAGUCUCGCUUGAAGGGCCGCCUUCUGGACCAGCCGACUUUAGUUGGGAUGAACAAUCCCAGGAAAGUGGUCCCGCCGAGACAGACGCCGCAAGCACACAUACACAUACUUCUCCCGGAGAAGACGAGCGCGUCGUCGAUGGCAUGGCUUCACUCACCGUGGAUGAGAGCGAGGCGGGCUAUCUAGGCGUUGCGUCAGGUGCUGCCAUGUUGCGACUGCUCCUUCCCGACGCUCAGCAGUCUUCGCGGAAAGCGCCACCCACGUCCAGCUUCAGCACAACUACACCGGAUAAUGGGCACUGGCUGUACACAGAUCUAUGGGAUAGCCUUGAUCUAGGAGCCGUCGACCUCGAUGCCGCUAUCAACGGGUACUUCGGCCUCUACCACAUCUCGUAUCCUAUCGUGGAGGAACACACCUUCCGUGCUCAAUACGCCCAAGUCAUUCCUCGCCCCAACGGCCGUAGCUGGCAUGCGCUCGCCUUUAUGAUCGCUGCGAUAGGUCAUUUCACAACGGCUACAGGCCCGGCCGACACAGACAGGAGAUUGUUCAUGGCUGCCAAGUCCAACCUGUCGAUCGAGAGCUUGGAAAUUGGCAACAUCACCCUUGUCCAAACACUCACGCUCAUGUCCAACUAUCUGCAGAAACGGAACAAGCCAAACAGUGGGUACAACUAUCUUGGUCUUGCCCUUCAUAUGGCCAUUGGUUUAGGACUACACAAGGAGUUCAAUCAUUGGGACAUCACCCCACUCAACAUGGAGAUCCGCCGGCGCGUAUGGUGGUCCAUGUUUGUCUUCAACACUGGUGCAGCUGUCACAUUUGGUCGCCCUCUCGCCUGGCCCAACAAGAACGUUGAAGUUCAUUUGCCCUUGAACAUUCCCGACAGGGCUUUGACUAAUCUGUCACGCACUGCUCCAAGCGAGGCGGACCACGUCACAACGUUCAGUGCCGUCAUCAUGCAGUCCAAAUUCCACAUUCUAACGAAUGUCAUAUACACCAAGGUCAUAUCGAUGCCCUUUCCAGCCGCUACGGAGUUGAUCCGUCUCGAUGAUGUCGUAAUCGACAGAUGGCAGUCAUCAGUGCCCGAUUGGUAUCGCCGUGGAGCGUCCGUGCCCGCACAAUUCGCGACUAGCCAUGCUAUCAUGUGGUGGCGGCUGAGCAAUUUCAGGAUCAUCAUGUAUCGACCGUAUGUCAUUCGCCGUGUUCUACAAGCCAGAUCGCAAGACAUGGACAAUGCUGUGCCGGCAUCAGUGCAGGAAGCGUAUGCCAGAUGUCAUCGUGAAGCUGAGAUGAGCAUCGAUGCCAUCAGUACGUUUUGGGCUAGCUCUCCGCCCAUGCGGAUGACUGCAUGGUACGCAUUGUACUUCUUGUUCCAGGCUUCGCUCAUACCCUGCGUGUGUUUGCGUAACGAACCUACUUCACCUUCCUCGGCAAGUUGGCGUGCGCAAAUCAGGCGGACACUGCACACUAUGCAGCUAUUGUCAUCAAUCAAUCCGAGUGCCCAGGAUUGCCUGAAUGUACUUCAACGUCUCUGUGGCCCGUUCCUACAAUCUGAGAUUCCUGGACAGAAUGCACACGUGCUCGCGACUCCCGCUGGCGACCUAUUGGAACAUGCUACCGAGGAGUCCCCACAGACACAGAUCAACAACGUCUACAGCAUGAUGUGGCCGAAUGCCAAUGAUGCCGAGGCUGAUGUACUGAUGCAGGGGGGACUCUGGUCUGACUUCCUUCCGGACGUCGAUGACUCAGGACAGCCACGACCUAGCGGACCCCAUGUUUAUUCCGAUUCACAAUUUGCAUGGGGUUGA